AUGGCUUCGUUAUUACUGGAUCGCAUUCUUAGCAAUAAAGAAUUUUCUCCGUUUAUCACUAUCGAAGAUACGAUACAGCAGACUGCUAAUGUAAUAGUAAGAGAGUUUAUCAAACGAGCCGGCGCGAAAGAGAGUGCUAAGAGGCUCCAUUCAAGCAGUUUUGUUAUCAUUGAUGCUUACUCAAGAGUGAAUUUGUAUGAUGAUAACGAUUCAAGCCCGUCGAUAAAUUCAGAUAUUAAUACUAUUAUGGUUGACGAUAUUGACGAUAUAAAUCAUUUAGCGACUUUGAUUCAAGAUACACUUGUGAAAUUGAAAACAUCCACAUUCACUUUGUUUAUUGAUUCAUUGACACCACUGCUUCAACGCUCAACGUCUGCAACAUUCAAUCUGCUAAAGAAAGUAAGCAAUAAAUUCUCAGAUAAUGGAAGAAUGGUAGUAACUUAUCACUCAGACAUUCCAAUUCCAUCAUCAAUAUUUAAUAUUGGUAAUACACUGUCACACAUGGCCACAGCUUCCAUAUUGGUGAAUAAUACGGAAAUAUUUAAGAAGCGGUCAAGAGGGUUCAUAGAAGUGGUUAAUGAGGAAGGGUUAUCAGACUAUGUCAAUUCAUUGGACAAUGGUGUCUGCAUCAUUCGGUUAAAGAAAAAAUCAGGAAGAAUACAACAUGAGACAAAUACAUACCAAUUGGAUGAGUUGACUGGGACGUUCAACAUAUCCUUAGUUCAUGAUUUGAAAGUACAGGAUGAAUCAACUGAGCCUGACCCAACUACAGCCAAUCUAUUAUUUAAUUUGAGAAUAACUGAAGAGCAGAAGAAGGCAAGAGAUGAAGUGGUGUUACCAUAUGUUAAAAUACAUGAAAAGUCUGAGCCAAUUGCAGAAAGCGACAUAUAA